UGACCACCAUUGUUUAUCCUUGAUACCCUUACACACACAAACACACUCUUUUGCAAGCUCAUUUAAAAGUUAAAACCCUCCUUUAUUCCUUUCCCUUCUCUUACUCACACACACUCUUUGUUUCUUAUUUUUUUCAUCAACAGAAAAAAAUAACACUGCAAAAUGAAAAACCAUUCCCUCUUAUUCAUCCUCCUCCUUCUCUCCGCCGCAAAAGCCCAAGCCCAAGCCCGAAACCAAACCAACGACUUCACAGACCCCAAUUUCAACCAAUUCAGCCCUUCCUUUGCCAUAAUCAUAGUCAUCUUAGUCGCCGCUCUUUUCCUCAUGGGCUUUUUCUCCAUCUACAUCCGCCGCUGCUCCGAUUCAUCUCCCUCCAACACCGGUCUCCCCAUCAUCAACGGCCGUCUAGUUACCGCAGCUCGCGGACUCGAUUCAUCCGUCAUCGAUACUUUCCCGAUUCUCCAAUACUCCGAAGUCAAGAUCCAUAAGAUCGGAAAAGAGGAUCUCGAGUGCGCUGUUUGUUUAUCCGAAUUCGAAGACACCGAAACGCUGCGUUUGAUUCCCAAGUGUGACCACGUUUUUCACACUGAGUGUAUCGAUGAGUGGCUAGCUUUGCAUACAACAUGUCCGGUAUGUCGCGCGAAUCUCGUUCCUGAACCCGGUGAGUCAGUUCACGGUGUUCCCGAGUCAAACAACGAGUCACAACUAGAUAUUGAAGCUCAAAACGACGCCGUUCAAGCGCAUACAGAGCAACAAAACGCGGAAGCUGAUCCAGUUUUGGUUCCUCCGGAAGUGAUUGCGUUGGAGAAAACGCUGAAUAGGAAUCGAACGCGUGGAUCUCAGUCGAACCGGGCGCGUCGUUUUCCGAAGUCGCACUCGACCGGUCAUUCGUUGGUUCAACCGGGCGAGAACACGGACCGGUUCACUUUGAAGCUGCCUUUUGCGGUGAGGAAACAGUUAAUGAACCGGCAGUUACAACGGACGAGUAGUUUGAUUACGUUGCCAAGGGAAAGUAGCUCGAGGCAUGGUUACCGAACCGGUGAAGGAAGUAGUAAAGGGAAAAGUUCGAGCUGGGUGGACCGGAGUUUUAAAUCAGACCGGUGGGUUUUUACUAGAGCACCGUCGUUUUUGGCUAGGGCGUUGUCGUUUAGGUCACCGAGGCCAAAGGUCAACAAUAGCGACGAUGAAGGAACUUCUUCUGCUACUGCUCCUAUCAUGCCGUCAUCUGCCGUUGACUCCGCCCGACAUUAAAUCAUUUUGGAAACAGGUUGCGUUAAAGUCGCACUGUCCAAUUUUGCGUAUAAUGUCACGCCGUCCAAUUGUGUUUCAAAGAAGAUUGAACGGCGGCGAAUAUAUACGUAGAAUUGGAUCGCGGAUAUUUGCAUUGGUGCAUCAGCCAGGGAGAGAUACAGGUCUGAAAUUCGAUUGUGUUUUGAAUUUUGGGUUCUUUUUCGGGUUUAAAUCUAACUGUUUCUACAGCAGUAUCACAUGAUAUUUUUAAUUUAUUUUUUUCAAUUACUAAA